CCACCCACGUUUUUUUUCGUUUCUUCUCAGGUCCCUACGAUCGGCUUUCUACGAUAUCGAAACAACGCUCUUUUUCUUACUCUGGCAUUUUCUCUCCACGGCUACGACUCCCUUUGGACGAGGAGAAAUCGAGAUACCCUGACGAAUUCCUGAAUAUCUGCACCUUGUUCCAACUAUCAUGGAUGCCACGCAACCACAGCCCGCCGCGCCGGGCGCUCUUAGCUGGCGCCUCAGCGCGCAUCCCAUUACGCUCCUCACUUUCCUCGGCUUCAGAAUAUCAAGUGUCCUGAUCUACUUUCUCGGCUUGUGGAUCAUACAAAGCAUGAUCAUGAUUUUCAUCAUCACCAUACUCCUCCUCGCCGCCGACUUUUACUACAUCAAGAACAUUGCCGGUCGUCGUCUCGUUGGUCUGCGAUGGUGGAACGAAGUUGAUCCUCAGUCGGGCGAAUCGCAGUGGGUGUUUGAGAGCAGCGAGCCUGGAACCAAGACCAUCAACCCUACCGACAGCCGCUUCUUCUGGCUCGCUUUGUAUAUCCAACCUAUGCUGUGGGUUCUGAUGGCCAUUCUUGCUCUUGUGCGAUUGCAGUUCCUAUGGCUGCCUCUCGUUGUCAUCGCCCUUGUUCUUACAAUCAUGAACACUCUGGCCUUUUCCCGGUGCGACAAGUUCAGCAACGCCUCUAGCAUUGCUGGAAGCGCCUUUGGCACAGGUAACCUGGCUGGCAACAUCGCGAGCAACAUGGUCAGCAACUGGUUCUCUCGCAGUUGAUAGCUGUUUUCUUCAGCAACGUGGUUUCUUGAGCCAU